CGGGUUAACAGAGUUUAUACAUUUUCUCCCGAAAGAAACUACCAAUAUGCAAACAACGCCGACUACCCUUAUGGCAAUGCUUCUAGUAUUUACCGUAGUCGUGUGUACGUGUAUCAGUGUGCCAAUACAUGGGCAAAGAAGACAUCUAGAUAGCGACAGAUACACCAACAGUGAAGAUGCCAGUAAUGAUGACGAUCAGAAUGAAAGUGGUGAUGUAGAAUACUUAGCAAAGCAUUUAUUAGAGAAAAUUCAAGAGAAUAAAGCAGAAGACGACAAAAGAGGAAAAGUAAAUAGAAGAUAUAAAGCCCUGCCCGAUUCCGCUUUUGGGGUUCGUGCUUGGAAUGAAGCGCGACCUCUACCGGACAGUGAUUUUAUGGUUAUAUAGCUGAGUAAAAUGUGAAUGAUUAAAAUUGAGCUUGAUGUGGAAUUGAAUUAAAUAACUUAUGAUAGUUCUAAUUAUAAAUAUAUAACGUAAAUGAUUCCAGUGAAAUGAAAUCCCAAUUAAUUUUUUCAUGCAGUUUAUUCUGUGGAACCGGCAUUUAAGAGAGAAAUACACUAAUGAAAUAGUUCCUAUAUUAUACAAAUGACAACUAGAUGAUUACUAAAUAUGCUUCGCUGAAUUUCAUAAAACUAUACAUUUUUCAUCAUAUAAAAUGAUACCACUCAUAUAAAUAUUUUAAAAUUAAAUUAAUAAACAAAUAUUAUAACAUAUGCCCGAUUUGGAUACAUUACGUGGAACAUAGAUCAAAUUGCUG